AUGGGAUUAUUGGUUUGUUUUUCUGCUUCUCAACCUUCAUAUGCGGAGGCACCUGAGGGAAAUCAAAAGAAAGGGGGUUAUUGUGAUGCUGAUUCUGGCGGCCACUCGCAUAACAAGAAAGUAUUGACCGACUACUCUGUGAUUGGUAUACCUGGAGAUGGAAGGUGCUUGUUUCAUUCUGUUGCCCAUGGAGCAUGCAUACGAGCUGGAAAGCCUGCUCCGAACGAGAACCUUCAAAAGGAACUAGCAGACGAGUUACGAGCUAGAGUUGCCGAUGAAUUUAUCAAGAGACGAGAAGAAACAGAGUGGUUCAUAGAGGGAGAUUUCGAGACAUAUGUUUCGAAAAUAAGGAGACCUCAUGUUUGGGGAGGUGAGCCUGAAUUGUUGAUGGCUUCUCAUGUUCUCCAGAUGCCGAUCACGGUGUACAUGCACGACCAAGAAUCGGGUGGCUUGAUAUCUAUAGCCGAGUACGGGCAGGAGUAUGGCAAGGAUAAUCCCGUUAAGGUCCUUUAUCAUGGCUAUGGCCAUUAUGAUGCCCUUCACAUUCCUGGGGGAAGGAUCCUCCCGCCGGUUCGGUUCUCAUAUCCAGCCCGACAGCCCUACCAGUUCCAGUCCUCCUUCACCGUGCUCAACAACGACGCCCACAAGCUCAAAUCCUGGCAGUUUUUCGUCGGGUUUCAGCAUGAGGAAUAUUUGGUGUCGGCCACGAAUGUCGUGCUUGCAAAUGGGAGCGCGAUGUCGGGGCCUGUGGGAAACAGUUCAGUUUUAGCGGGGUUUUCGAAUCUGGAUCUAGAAACGGGUAUCGAGACAGCGGGGAUUUAA